UCCUUACGUUGCUCAACAUUGAUGUCAUUAAUGCAGCUCAGGCAGCCACACUUUUGGUCAAAGGAAUUGAGAAGAGACUGUACAAAAGUCAAGAGGUAGACAAAAUAAUGACCUGGAUAUUACAAAAUGGUAGAAUCCUCUUUUCUCAGGACCGGACAUUGCACACAAAAUGUCAGGAUUUGAGCUUCAUUGAAAUACAACCAAGUGAUCACAAAAAAACUUCAAGUUUCUUUGACCCUGGCAACAAAACAUUCAGCACUCGAAUCCUAAACCCAGAAUUUGUUGGUAUAGAGCAAUGUGGCCAGACAGAACCCAUAACCCUAAGGAUCAAAAACAUACUGAAAGAGUAUGAUGAGGAAAAUGAUCUCUUCAAAGAACUUAUACAGAAUGCAGAAGAUGCUGGUGCAACCACAUGUAAAUUUAUGCUCGAUUUCAGAAGCCAUAAAGAUCCCCCUGAUACUCUUAUAGACCAAGACAUGUCUCUGUGCCAUGGUCCUUGUCUCUGGGCAUACAAUGAUGAACUUUUCACAGAAGAAGACUGGGCAAACAUUGUCAAAGUUGGAUCUGCCUCCAAAGAAACAAAAGUAGAAAAAAUUGGGAAGUUUGGGCUUGGUUUCAAUUCUGUGUAUCACGUGACUGAUAUUCCCUCAGUCCUCAGUGGUAAGAAUCUCCUCAUACUGGAUCCAAAUGUGACUCACCUGAAGAAGCAUAUACAAAGUAAAGCGAGUCCUGGGAUCAAACUUAACCUAUUCCAAGAACGUCUAUUUCAUAGGUUUCCUGGACAGUUCAAACCAUAUCAAGGGAUAUUUGACUGCGAUUUAUCAAGAGACAGUACACACAAAUUCUUCAAUGGAACACUCAUUAAAUUGCCUUUCCGGACACACGAAGAAGCUCUGUCAUCAGAGGUUAGUAAAAAGGUUUUUGAAGGAAAAACAAUUGCUGCUUUUUCACAACAUUUGACCCAUAAUUCAGAGGCAAUUCUGCUGUUUCUGAGGAACAUAAGCAAAGUGUCUCUUGAGAUCCUACCUGAAAAUUCUUGGACUCCCCCAUGCACUGAACAAGUAAACUCUCUGUUCAAAAAUUACAAAGAGAUUGUAUGA